AUGCCGAGUCGCUUGCGACUUCUCUCUCUGCUCGUACUCCCCGCCGGCAACACCGCCGCCGCCGCCUACUGCACGUCGUCCGCCUUCCCGCCGGCACAGCAGCAUCGUCGCCUGCGACCACAGAAGCAUGGGCUGCGGCAUCCCGCUGCCGAGGCGAACGCGUUCGACGUCUGGUGGGCUGAGCGACGAGCACGCAACACCGUCGCCGGCAAACCGCGUGCGGUGUGGGCGCAGGCGGCGGCGUACGAAUCCAAGAGCGCAGAGGGGCGGGCGAGGCUGAGGGCGGCCCGUGUCGCGGCGGCAGCAGCGGAGGCGGCAGCGGCGGAGGCGGCAGCGGCGGAGGCGGCAAGCCCAGCGGCCACCGCCAACGCGCUCCCGCUGGACAGUAGCUUUCGUUGGACGGCUUCGAUGCUGUCGGGCGAGGCGAACUGCGCUUGGAGCCCGCCCUUGUCUUCGAGUGUCGGCGUGGUGCUCACCGAGUUUGUCCAGAGCGACUAUGCGAGAGCGGUCUUCAACACCCGCCGGGUCGGCGGGAGCGACUACGGGCAGAUCCACGGCAUGUUCGAUUCGGUUCGGCUGGUCGGCACGCGGCUCGAGCUCAAGCCGAGGCAGGCUUGCGAGAAUGUCGAGGGUCUCUUCGAUCGCCUAGCAAAGUACCUCCGCGCGAGGAUCCCGCAGAUCAAGGAUGUCGUCGAGAUAAUCAGGGACGGCGAGAAUCAUCACUGA